UGUUUUAAAUAGCUGCUUGUGCCUUAUCGUACUUAGUAGUUCACUCGCUGCUUGUUGCAGCUGCAUUUAAUUUUAUUGUUUGUGAACAAAUUAAAAAUAAAGUCUAAGAAUUUUCAAAUUUCUUCACGCUACUGAAAUGUUGCUAACACAAGUUCUGGUAAGCAUUGUGCUGUGCCUGCUGGUCUACUUCUGGUACCGUUUUCGCCAAAUAAGGACCUACUGGCAGCGACAUGGUAUUCCUGGCGAGGGACUAGACACCUCCAUGCGCGGUUUGGGCAAGCAACGCUCCUUUGUUGACAUAUGGCUGGAUACAUAUAGAAAGUUCAAAGGCACUGGCCCCUUUUGUGGCUUCUAUUGGGGUGCAGGCCCAGCUGCUUUUGUAUUGACACCAGAUUUAGCUAAACUGGUGCUGAUUAAAGAUUUUAACAAAUUCACGGAUCGCGGAUUUUACCACAACCCAAAGCACGAUCCCCUCUCGGGCCAGCUGUUCAUGUUGGAUGGCCACAAAUGGCGGAGUAUGCGAAAUAAGCUGUCGCCUGCAUUCACCUCCGGCAAAAUGAAGAUGAUGUUUCCGACUAUUGUCAAAAUCGCUGAAGAGCUUACAAAUUUACUAGCUGAUGUGCAAAAGCAGGACGCUGUAAUCGAAAUGAAAGAUUUGAUGGCACGCUUUACCACCGAUGUGAUUGGAACCUGUGCUUUUGGCGUGGAGUGUAAUAGUUUGAAGGAUCCCAAUUCGGAGUUCCGUGUGAUGGGUCGCAAGGCAGUGACGGAUCAGCGACUAGGGCCGCGAACGCGCGCUUUCAUCAACACCUUCCCGAACGUGGCAAGAUUUUUGGGCAUAAAAACUAUACCCGACCACAUUUCCAAAUUCUACAUGGGUAUCGUGCGCGAAAAUAUCGAAUACCGUGAGAAGAAUGGCAUUAGACGCAAUGAUUUCUUCGAUAUGUUGCUGGAUCUGAAGAAUAAAAAGUUGCUGAAGUCAGAAGAUGGUGAGGAGGUGAGUAUUACUGUUGGGGAACUGGCGGCGCAGGCGUAUUUGUUCUUGAUAGCCGGUUUUGAGACGUCGUCGACGACACUGAGCUUCGCACUGUACGAGCUGGCACAGCACGAAGACGUACAACAGAGGGCGCGAGACGAAAUUUUGGAGGUGAUGGCUCGUCACGGCGACAAACUGACCUACGAGUGUAUGAGCGAAAUGGUCUAUUUGAACCAGAUAAUAUCAGAGACUUUACGUUUAUACACUGUGCUGCCAAUAUUGAAUCGCCAAUGCCUGGAAGACUAUCCUGUGCCUGGCUUUCCGAAGUAUGUCAUUAAGCGGAAUAUGCGCGUGUUGAUACCCGCUGGCGCUAUGCAUCGCGAUCCCGAUCUAUAUACCAACCCGGAUAAAUUCGAUCCCGAACAUUUUUCGCCGGAAAAGGUAGCGCAACGCGAUGUCAUUGAGUUUUUACCCUUCGGUGAAGGGCCACGCAAUUGCAUUGGGAUGCGGUUUGGCCAGAUGCAGGCGCGUGUCGGUUUAGCAUGUCUGCUGAGCAAUUUCAAGUUUAUUGUGUGUGACAAGACGCCAAUACCGAUGGUGCUCAAUAAGAGCAGCUUCCUAGUGAGCUCUCAAGAUGGCAUUUACCUGCAAGUGGAUAAGUUGUGAUAUGGCUAGGCGAGUUUGUUAUAUUUUUUGUUGAAAUUGCUAUCAAUGUGUAUUGCAAAACACACAUACGUUGUGGCAUAAAACAGUUAUUGAAAACUUAUUUAGGAUAAAACUGUAUAUUUACACAAAUUUAAACACUUA